AUGGAUGCGCGUCCUACUUGGGAUUGGUCCUCGGUAGGAGACAAUUCUGCUCCUCAUGAACCCGAACCAGAGCCUCGUCGAUCAUCGCAAUAUGCUUGGACUCCUCAAGCAGGUACCGCAUCGCGUGAGGAGACGUCACCGUCACCUCAGCAGGAACCCCAACCUGCGCCUGGGAACAGGCGCUAUGGCACGCGUACUUGUCGUAUCUGCUUCGAUGCUGAAGAGCCCAAGUUUCCUGAUCAGUCGACCACUUUUGGCAUUCAAACAGGAUCAUCUCGACCUACAUACGUCUCUGACGACCCGGAAUUGGGAAGGUUGUUAUCACCAUGCAAGUGUAAGGGAUCGCAGAAAUAUGUCCACGAAGGGUGCCUCAACGCAUGGAGACUUGCAAACCCUAUGGAAGCAAGGAACUAUUGGCAGUGUCCAACCUGCAAGUUCACUUAUCGCAUUUCACGACUACACUGGGGCUCUGUUUUGAGCAGCAAGUGGGCACAGGUCGGCUUAACCCUGUGUUGUUGUAUACUGAGCAUCUUCAUGCUUGGCUUCAUUGCAGACCCUCUCUUCGAUCUAUGGUCUGACCCGAUUGGAACCCUCGGCGAGACUGUCACAAGCGUGGUUACAGAUAUCGAAGCCCUGAGGCGACCUCCACCACCAGAGCCCACGUCGUGGAUCGAGCACUUCACCAAGGGAUUCUUCUCCCUGGGAAUUGUCGGAUUGUUCAAGACGAUGUUCACUGUCAACCCGUUUCAUUGGUGGCAGCUGCGAAACAGCGGGGUGGCUGGUGGUGGCAGGAGAGGAGGCACUGGUCGAAACCGUGUCGAGAACAUCAGCCUGAUCUUUGUUCUCAUCGGCGCAUUCACAUUUCUUAUGGGCAUUUGGAAAUUUGUUCAGAAGCUGAGCGCUCGUAUCCUCAAGAACGUGAGCGACAGGGUUGUCGAUAUCGGGGAAGACGAUGAUGACGAAGAUGAGAGCGUUGUCGGACUUCUUUAUCUACUCCUCGGGUCGAAAUCCGGCUCGCCUUACCGCGAGCACGUACCCUCAGGAAACCCUCCAGUUGUUGUGGUCACGGUCUCCGAUUAUUCAGAGUACAGUACCUCUUAUCUGGAAUCUAUUCGAAACAACCGCGAGCAGUAUGCCAAAAGACACGGAUAUGAAGCCAUGGUUGUGAAAGUUAGCGACUACGAUACGGGCGAAUCUCCCAAGUCUUGGGCCAAGAUCAUGGCAAUGCGCCAUGCGCUCUCGAAAUACCCUGAUGCCACAUAUGUGUGGUUCCUCGAUCAAAACGCCUACAUCAUGGAGCUGGACAAGACAUUGGAGGAGCAAGUGAUGGAGCCAGCAACACUGGAGAGUCUCAUGAUCAGGGAUUGGUCUGUUGUGCCUCCGGACAGCAUCAUCAAAACGUUUUCCCAUCUGAAAGGUCAAGACGUGAACCUCGUCAUCAGCCAGGAUGAAGUUGGACUAGUCACUAAUAGUUAUGUCCUCAAGAAUGGCGAUUGGGCAAAGUUCUUUAUCGAAACAUGGAUGGACCCUCUCUACCGAAGCUACAACUUUGAAAAGGCUGAGCGUCAUGCCCUUGAACACAUCGUUCAGUGGCACCCAACCAUCCUCUCGAAGCUCACCCUCGUCCCCCAACGCACAAUUGCCUCGUACGGCCGUAACAAGGAGGGCAAUGCCUACAGGGACGGGGACUUUGUGACGCUCAUGGUUGAUUGUACCGUCACAGGCCAGGCAUCAUGCGAUAAGAUGUCGCAUGUUUACCAGCAACAGUUGAGGAAAAAAUUUGGUAAUGAGGUUGCGUAG